CGGUACGCCAUGCUGCAGGCUCGGCGGCUCCGGGACUGAGGGCGACUCUCUUGUUCCGUGUGCUGCGCUGUGACCCGCUGACGGGAGCUGUGAGGAGAGCGGGGCGAGCUCGGAAUCGGCCAUGGAUACAGUGACCUUUGAGGAUGUGCAUGUGAACUUCACCCAUGAAGAGUGGGCUUUGCUGGAACCUUGCCAGAAGAGUCUCUACGAAGAUGUGAUGCUGGAAACCUGCAGGAACCUCACUGCUAUAGGCUACAAAUGGGAAGACCAGAAUAUUGAAGAACAUUAUCAAAGUUCUAGAAGACAUGAAAGGUAUCUCAUCUGUCCUUCUGGCUACAAACCAUUUGAACAUAAGGGAUAUGGGAAGAAGCAAUGUACCUCUCUCUCUCCUACAACAGUUAGAAGAUAUGUUGGAGUGCCCACUAUGAGUAGACUUGGUGAAUGUGAUACAAGUUUACAAUUAAUUGGUUUUCCAACUACACUGGGAAUAUAUCAACAAACUCACACUGGAAAAAAGCCUUAUGAUUACAAGGAAUGUGGGAAUUCUUCUGUCUGUACUGGUUCACUUUGCAAAUGUAGUAUGACCCACAGUAUAGAAAAAUGUUAUGCAUACAAUCAGUGUGGUAAAACUCUGAGUUCUUCCAGUUGUGUUCAAAGAUGUUAUAAAACUCAUAUGGGAAGAGGAAAUGAUAAAUAUGAACCAUCUACUAUAGACUUGAACCAUCAUUGGUAUCUUCAGACAGACAAAAGAACCCAUAAUGAAGAGGAUCUUUAUGAAUAUAAUCAACAUGAUAAAGACUUUAGAUCUGAUUCCUCUUUACAAUUACACCAAAGAACUCAUUUGGAAGUAGAAUCCUAUAAAUAUAAUCAAGGUGCAAAAGACUUUGAACAUUACAGUUGCUUUCAAGUACAUAGAAUACAUACUGAUGAGCAACCAUGUGAAUUCAAUCAAUGUGGUAAAGCCUUUGCCAGUUUCCAUAAUCUCAAAAUACCUGAAAGAAUCCUUACUGGAGAGAAACCCUAUGUAUGUAAUCAAUGUGGUAAAACUUUUGUAAGUCGCCAUAAUCUUAAAAUACAUGAAAGAAUUCAUACUGGAGAGAAACCCUAUGUAUGUAAUCAGUGUGGUAAAGCCUUUGUAUAUUUAACUAGUCUUCGAAAUCAUGAAAAAACACAUACUGGGGAGAAACCCUAUGUAUGUAAUCAAUGUGGUAAAGCCUUUGCCUGUCGCAGUAAUCUUCAAAUACAUGAAAGUACUCAUACAAAUGUCAAACCCUACAGAUGUAAUCAAUGUGGUAAAGCCUUUGCACAUAUCAUUUAUCUUCAAAGGCAUGAAAGAAGUCAUACUGGAGACAAACCAUUUGAAUGUAGUCAAUGUGGGAAAGGCUUUGCACAAUUUAGUCAUCUUCAAAAACAUUUUAAAAUUCAUAGUGGAGAGAAACCCUAUGAAUGCAGUCAAUGUGGUAAAGCCUUUGGAAGUCGCAGUAAUCUUCAAACACAUGAAAGAAUUCAUACUGGAGACAAGCCCUUUGUGUGUAAUCAGUGUGAUAAAGCCUUUGUAAGUCGCCGUAAUCUUCAAAUACAUGAAAGAACUCAUACAGGAGAGAAACCUUAUGAAUGUAAUCAGUGUGGUAAAGCCUUUGCACAUUUCACUAGUGUUCGAAAUCAUGAAAAAGUCCAUACUGGAGAGAAACCCCAUGUAUGUAGUCAGUGUGGUAAAGCCUUUGCAUGCCGCAGUAAUCUUCAAAUACAUGAAAGUACUCAUACAGGAGUGAAACCCUACAGAUGUAAUCAAUGUGGUAAAACCUUUGCACAUAUCAUUUAUCUUCAAAGGCAUGAAAGAAGUCAUACUGGAGACAAAUCAUUUGAAUGUAAUCAAUGUGGGAAAGGCUUUACACAUUUUAGUCGUCUUCAAAAACAUUAUAAAAGCCAUAGUGGAGAGAAACUAUAUGAAUGUAAUAAAUGUGAUAAAGCCUUUGGAAGUCACAGUAAACUUCAAGCACAUGAAAGAAUUCAUACUGGAGAGAAGACCCAUGUAUGUAAUCAAUGUGGUAAAGCCUUUGUUAGUCGCCGUAAUCUUCAAAUACAUGAAAGAAUUCAUACUGGAGAAAAACCCUAUAUAUGUGAUCAAUGUGGUAAAGCCUUUGCACAUUUCACUAGUUUUCGAAAUCAUGAAAAAAUUCAUACUGGGGAGAAACCCCAUGUAUGUAAUCAGUGUGGUAAAGCCUUUGCCUGUCGCAGUAAUCUUCAAAUACAUGAAAGUACUCAUACAAAUGUCAAACCCUACAGAUGUAAUCAAUGUGGUAAAGCCUUUGCACAUAUCAUUUAUCUUCAAAGGCAUGAAAGAAGUCAUACUGGAGACAAACCAUUUGAAUGUAAUCAAUGUGGGAAAAGCUUUACCCACUUCAGUCGUCUUCAAAAACAUUUCAAAAUUCAUAGUGGAGAGAAACCCUAUGAAUGCAGUCAAUGUGGUAAAGCCUUCGGAAGUCGCAGUAAUCUUCAAACACAUGAAAGAAUUCAUACUGGAGAGAAACCUUAUGUAUGUAAUCAAUGUGGUAAAGCCUUUGUAAGUCGCCGUAAUCUUCAAACACAUGAAAGGAGUCAUACUGGAGAGAAACCCUAUUUAUGUAAUCAAUGUGGUAAAGCCUUUGUAAGUCGCAGUAAUCUCAAAAUACAUGAAAGCACUCAUACAGGAGUGAAACCCUAUGGAUGUAAUCAAUGUGGUAAAGCCUUUGCACAUAUCAUUUAUCUUCAAAGGCAUGAAAGGAGUCAUACUGGAGACAAAUUAUGAAUGUAUUCAGUGUGACUUGCAGUCACAAAAGCCUUCAAAAACAUGAAAGGUGUCAUACUGGAGAAAAACCCAAUGAAUGUAAUUGAUGCAGUAAAACUUUGCAGGUCAUUGUAAUCUUCACACAUCAAAGAAAUAAUAGUGAAGAGAAAACCUAUAAAUAUCAAUGUGAUAAUACCUCUUUAUGUUACAGUCAUUUUCAAAGGCACAACAGGGUUACUCUUGGAGAGAAACAUCAUGAAUCUAGUAAAUUAAGUAAAGCUUCACACACCACAUACAUUGUUCUCACUGAGCUGUCUCACUGGUGCUCAAGUAAGAUUAGUAGAAGCAUUCUAUCAGUCAAAUAUUGUCUUUUUUUCAAAUUGUAAACAAAUUGUCAUCCAAGGAUAGAAGAGUACAGAAUAAUUGCUGUUGUUGAAUAAUAAAACUUAUUUGAAGUGUCAAUUUCACUUCUUUACAAAUGAAAAUAGUAUUUAUCCUGCCAUCCAGUAAUUUAAUUGUGUUAGUUUAUUCUAAGGGCUAAAUGCUUGUUCCUAACACUUGCUCAGAUAAACAAAUGAAUGGCAGAGAAUUGUCUCAGUGUGUGAAGGUUGUUGUUGCUAAGACUGAUGACCUGAGUUCAGUCUCUGGGAUACACACAUUACUCAUACCAGUUUUUCUCUGAUUACUACACUUGGGCUGGGACAUAUGCACAGCACACACCCACACACAUCAAUAUUUUUGAAACUGAAAUAAGAAAUUAGUGAGAUCACUCACCUGCUUAAGGCAUUUGCUCCCAAACUUGACUACCUCAGUUUGAUCUCUAGUAGUGACAUAGUGGAAGUAGAGAAUACACACUUGUAAGUUGUCUGUUGCCUGGCACAUGCACAACACAUGUUACAUACUGGUAAAAGUUUCAAAAGAGAUGAAAUUAACAAGCAAAGAAAAUAACCAAAAUAUUGAGAACACAAAUACAUUGUAGCAUUGCAUGACAUGUCACUGUUUAAUAAAAUAAUGAUAGUUUCUGUUUACAUCUUACAUUAUUUGUCUCUGAGUAAAAGAUAGAUCAUUUUAUAAACAUAUUUGAACUGGGUGUAGUGGUGCAUUUUGGAGACAGGCCAAUGGAUCUUGCUGAGUUUGAGGCUAUCAUGGUCCACAUAAUGAGAUCCUGGAUACUCAUGGCCAUAUAUUGAGAUCCUGUCUCAAAAAACCCAAAAGAAAAUUUAAGUAACUGUAGCAUAUAUCACAUUAUAGAAUUUUCCUAACUUAAUCUGGCUUCAUCUCUACUUCACCAAACCCUUCAUUGUCUUCACUCACAUCAAGAGAACUAUGUUAAGAAUGACUAUAAGAAGCAAUGUGCAGAGUCAUUCUCAGAAAUAAAGAAACCCAUUGAGUCCUUCAAUGACAAUGUAGCAGGGAUUUUCAUUACCUCCAAGAAAGAGAAGAUAGAAGGACUCAUGGGACAUCUUCAUCUUCUGAAUUAUAAUGACAUAUUUGGGUCAUGAACAGUUGCCUCAGUACUUCUGAUAUAAGGUAUUCAAGCACCUUUUUGUUUCCUAGCACCCACAUCAGAUGACUCAGAACUACUUGUAAUUCCAGUUCUAGGAGAUCUGAUGCAUUCAUCUGGCUUCCUUGGGUACCAAAUAUGCAAAUGGUGUAAAGAUAUAAACAUUUUAUAUAUUUUUAUAUAUUGUAAUUUUUUCAAUUAUAAAACUUGAAAGUCCUUUUAAAAAUAUGGAGUCAUAUAUAUAUGUAUACGCACACACAUAUAUACAUAUCUAUGUAUGUAUAGUUGAAAUACAUCUGUGAGAGAAACUACAUAUUGUCAAAAGGGCAUUCUUCGUUUUUUUUCUUUUUUUACAAAUUUAAAUAAAAAUUUAACUUAGAUAUAUUGUCGGAACAUGGUCCUGGAAUUGAAUCAUGUGAGAUUUUUGAAUGCUUGUGAGAAUACUCCCAAUAAUAAAAGAAAUGAGUCUUGUGACUUCAGUUUCCUCAAAACACAAAA